AUGAAGACCUCGUCCGUCCUCACCUUCCUCACCUUGAUACUAGCAGCCGCCGCGGUCGUCAUGUCUCAACAAGUCAAUCGCACUGCCACUAAUGGUUGGGGUUCGACGCCCUCUCAGCGCCACUAUAUUAACCAUACCCAAGCCUUGCAGGUCAUAAAUGCAGGCAUCCAACGUGCACAGGCCAUAGGUGUACCGCAAAACAUUGCCGUGCUUGAUCCGUCGGCAUGGCUGGUGGCUUUUGUUCAUAUGGAUAAUUCCUAUCUGGGAAGCAUCGACAUUUCUCAGAAGAAGGCCAAAACCGUGGUGCUUUACAACGGCAUCCCCAACAAUGCCUUGCAGAACCGCAGCGAACCUGGCGGCGAUCUCUGGGGAAUCCAGGAGACAAAUGGCGGUACGGUGGUGUUUGGUGGUGGCCAACCAAUCUUUGACCCCAACGGGUAUUUCAUUGGCGCGGUGGGCGUGAGUGGCGGCACCGUGGAGCAGGACAUUGACGUGGCGGUGCACGCGGCGCAGAGCAUUGGCACGACUGUCACCUCGUCGUCGUGA